ACCAGAACAAACGUAACGUAAUCUAAUACAACUAACGCAGCAUGGAUGAUUUAAAGUUGUAUUUUUAUGACAUUCCAUUCUUUCUAGCAUGAUGAAAUUUAGCCAAAUAUGGCGCACCGUAACCAGACACUCGAAUGUUAUUUUAGUUAUUUCAGUUCUACUUCUUGGUGUAAUGUAUAUAUAUAAUACACACACAACUCAAGAUGAUACUGACAUGGGCCCGAAAUUAUCAGAAAAGAAUUCAAAAGGAGAUGCUUGUAUACUAUCACCACGGGUGUCAAAAUCGGUUCGUGGCAGUGAAGGCAUACAUCGUCUGGAUGACAAAGGAACAAUGACACCAAUGGAGCUAUUAAAGCACAUGGAGACAAUCAAACAACAUGGGAUCAGUAAAGAAUAUGAAGCGGUAUCAACUGAGAUGCCCUCAGGAUCAUUCUCAUACUCAAGGAACAGCAACAACCUGUCAAAGAAUCGUUACAGCAAUGUUCCCUGUUUUGAUCACAGCAGAGUAAAGCUAGAGACAUCACAUGAUUUGUCCUCAGACUACAUCAAUGCUAACUAUGUUGAUGGAUUCAUGCAAAAACAUGCCUUCAUAGCAGCACAGGGACCACUGCCAAAUACAGUGAACGAUUUCUGGAAGAUGAUCUGGCAGGAAAAUGUCUUUGUGAUUGUGAUGACAACACAAACAGAAGAGCGAGGACUUACCAAAUGCAGUCAGUAUUGGCCUACAGCACCACACCUCACUUUAAAAUUUGGAGACUUUACCAUUGAUAAUCUGAAAGUAGACAUAAAGAAUGAUUAUACUGUUACAACGUUGCUUGUAAACAACUCCAAGAUUGGUAUGUGCAGGAAUGUAGCUCAUUUCCACUUUACUGGUUGGCCAGAUUUUGGUGUUCCCACCUCAGCUGCUACAAUUCUGCAAUUUCGUGAUGAAAUUCGCCAGAACCAGAGAGAAGCAGUGGCGUCCAUGGGAUCCUACUGGACUGGUCAUCCUGGUGGACCUCCGAUCUUGGUUCACUGCAGUGCAGGAAUUGGAAGAACAGGAACAUUCUGUGCCAUAGAUAUAUCUUUAUCCCGUCUUGAAGCCACUCAAAAGUUGAAUAUUUACGACACAGUACGUAAAAUGCGAAGACAGCGUGCCUUCAGUAUUCAGACACCGGAGCAAUAUGAAUUCUGUCACUUUGCUGUCCUGGAGCGUCUGCAACAACAGGGCAAGAUUCCUACUGUCGACUGGUCCAAGUACAGAAAUUAGGAGGACAGUGUCAAGGAUCGAAAACAGUUAUUAUUAUUUAAGAUAGCAUUUUGAUACUUAUCUGAGAUUAAUCAGUGGACCUUACGGUUAUUAUUAUUUAUCUAUCUACAAUAAUGUUAUAUUAGAUUAUGUAAAUACUGUGGUUUCUAUGCAAUUUACAAUAUGCUACAGGUGUAAAUUUUUAUUGUAUUUUUAUAUAUUUUUUGUCAAAAUUGUAUGAAUUGAUAGCAAGGUGUAUUGUCUGUGCAUUAUGUUCUCAGGUAUAGCAAUCGAGAUGGUAUUAGUAUUUGUAUAACAAAUUAUAAAAUACACAGUGUGAUAUAUCUAGGAGAAUUGAAAUAGUGAUGAAAAAGGAAGGGGGUGGGGUGCUGACUUGGAGUGAGUGAAAGUAAGUAGUGCUAACCUUAUACUGUGGGAAUUUUAGUGAUUUAACUAACCUGUACUUGUAUAAUGUUACGUACGACGGUUAUGUACGAGCACCAGCCGACGAAUGCAACUCCGGUUCCUAUGAGCGCUAGACGACGUAACGCCGUCUGCUAAUUGUCGGUGGCAUUAUGAACGGAUCGUUAUUAGAAACGAUCUGUUGUGUUCGUCGUGUGCGUUGCGUUCUCCAUAGAACCUGAAGUCUACGACUGAAGGGCGCAGUGAGGGUGGUGCUUUAGAUAUGCCACUGAUUCAGAGGAUCACAAGAUCUCCACGGAACCAUGAGUUCCACUUAUAUAGAAUGUAAUAUAUUUGUAAAGUGAUGCAGUAUACUUUACAUAUUUUCUUGUUACUUUAGUUUUUUUUUUUUUACUCAGUAUGCUCUAUUUGGUACCAAUAGACCUAUGUUUCUGUGUUUUUCCAUGUGUAGUCAGCAGUGGCGUCGAGAGGGGGGUCAGGUGGUCACUGCCCUGGGGCCCGGGUCUACUGGGGGGCCCGGACCAAGAUGAAAAAUAUGAUACUGAUCUUAAUCUUUAUGAUUGAUUUUAUAUGUACCUUUCACUGCAUGCAAAGUGGUAUGUAUAUACGUGUAUUAUAUAUAUAAUUAUUAUCGUUUAUUCAUCAGAUUAUUCUGAUAUUGUACAUUGCAAAAAAUAAUCACAUGGAAUCAUAUUCAUGUAUGGAUUUGGACAAAUAGGGUCUUAGGAGGAGACUUAAUUUGGGGAGCGGCCGAGUGGGGGUCCCAAGUGAAGGUGGGGGGGGGGCAUGUGAGGUGUUGCCCCGGGGCCCUUACUGACUCUCGACGCCACUGGUAGUCAGCAGAAAAGUCCCCUGGGGUCCAAGACAUGUUGGUAAAAAAUAAAUAGAAAGGUUUAUUGUACUCUUCCUUUUAUUAAUAGGCAUAAUAAUACUAUACGGGUUGAAUACACAUAUUGUAAAUAUAAUACCUGCAGGUCAGUCAGUGGUAAAACCAAGUGUGCUCGAAAAUCGACUGUGCUUGAAAGUUAACCUUUUGCCAUUCCAAAAGUUGAGCUGUCACGGUCUAGUGAGAUUAUUGGCUGUUAAUCUCCUGGCGCUUAAAAGAAACUGGGUACUUUUGACCAUUUUAAAACUGUUCUGAGACUGUUUAGAACAUUUUAUGCAUGCACAAAGAAGUUUUAAAUUACUGUAUAAUGUUCUUGUUAUAUAUUUAAAAAACAGUUCCUUAAUAUAUUAAAUAUAUUACUUUCUAUCAUCUAUAUUGUCAACAAACAGAAGAAUAAAUAUAAACUUGUACGUGAA